GCAGAGAAACGAAAGCUAAAAGAUUUCUGUUGAAUCGUUGUUCGCGUUACAUUCUUCAUGAACUAUGUACACGUGCGAAGAUAAAAAAUGAAGUAUUGAUGAAGUUCAACAGCAAUGGUGAAUUGCUUCGACAUUUUAAUAUAUAGUAUUCUAACUAAGCCAAAUAUACUCUAAAAAUGCUGUGCUACGAUGGAAAACUUAGUUUAUGUUGUUUUACUCUGGCUGGCAUAAUCGCGGUCCUACCGGAAAUAUUUUUGAGGUUAGAAUUCGAAAUUCCCAGCACAUAUUUCAGUAAUAUCUGGCUAACACACUUUUUUCAAUAUGGGUUCUUAAAUUUUCUACUACUCCUCGCUUUUCGUGGUAUUUCUUAUCAGGUUGCUGUGAGAGCAAUUUUUUUAGGAUAUGUUUUUGGAAUUGGCAUUUUAGUAUCGCUUGUUGCACCGCCUUCAUGGCAAAUGUUCGGUGUAUACAUUACUAUACUUGCUACGUUCCAUUUCUCCGAGUUCUUGAGCAUAGCAUGGGUAAAUCCAUUAACUCUCUCCAUCGACAGUUUCAUUUUGAAUGACACUAUAGCUUAUGCAGUGGCAGCGGUCUCCAGUUGGAUAGAGUUUGUUGUCGAGAGGCAAUAUUUUCCAACAAUGAAAGAGUCUUCAUCCCUAUCAUAUUUCGGCUUAAUAUUGUGCAUUUGUGGAGAGUUACUGAGAAAAUUAGCAAUGUUUACAGCAAAGCACAAUUUUAAUCACAUUGUACAAAGAGAAAGGAUGGACAACCACGAACUUGUUACCUAUGGGGUCUAUAGACUUUGUAGGCAUCCCAGUUACGUAGGUUGGUUUUAUUGGUCCAUAGGAACACAGCUGGUACUUCAAAAUCCAUUUUGCUUUUUGGCAUAUAUGGUGGCAUCCUGGAAAUUCUUCCAUGAUCGCAUUUUAAUAGAAGAGAUUACUCUACUUAAUUUCUUUGGGGAAGAUUAUGUUGAGUACCAAAAAAAUGUGGGUACUGGCCUGCCCUUCAUUUCUGGCUAUAAAGUCAAUUUAUAGCAACCAGUUUCCGUUUAAAAAAAAAAAAAAUGCAAUACUAAGCAAUAGAAAUCAUGUUAAUUUCUCAGGUAUACGAUACAGCAGUGCUUACAGUAACUGCAUCCUUAAUAAUUAGGGAAUAGCAACGAAACAAAGGCUUUUUAACAAAAUUAUAUUUAUUGUCUCAUUUUUCUUCGAAGAAUUAUUUAUAUAACAAUACGCUACACUUUCAUGAUAAGGUAGAUACUUUCAGUUGAUGAUUAUACAUUUUUUUCCUUUUAUACUUAAAUGUAUAUACGAAACGUAUUUAUAAGAAUGAAUACAUAUGUUCCGCAUUAUCGCGUAAUGCUGUAGCUAAUGCUUGCAUCGACAUUCAGAAAGCAUUCAUUCGUUGUCGGAUAAUAAGGUGCCAAAUUCAGAGUAAUAUAAUUACAAUUGCAUCCUAGUAAUUUUCUGUACACAAUUAUAUUUAUAAUGCACCAAUAAAGUUUUAAUACGUUUAAAAAUAUUUUACACGUCAUUCACAGUUAGCGUUGCCCCAACGUAAUUUACAGAAACAUUUCGUGGCCGGUUUCUUAUAUCUGUGAGUUAAUUAAGGUUAAGUGACUUUAAGUGACAAAAUAAUAAAACGACAGAAGCUUUAUUAACACGUGUUAUCGGCUACGAAAACCGAUCGAUGUUCGAUUAUUAUUGUUGUUUGCAUCGGGCUUUUAGUCUUCCUUGUUUAUUACACGAACCAGAAAUGUUGCAUCGUCCGUCAUACUAAUUUAAAUAAUAUUCGUGAUGAUGUUUCUUUAGCGUGAUGUGGCGUCACCUCCCAUGCUCGUCACUAGAGGGGUCGCGCUCUCACAAGUGCUCAAUCGACCCGGUUGCUAUAUAUACAUUCCUUGACCAACUUCCCAAUAUCCCAGUCGUCUAAGACAGGGCCUACUAGAAAGCUCCUUACUGAUGAGUCCACUAGCAGGCCCCGGACGAACCGCCCCCUCCUUCCCCCUUUUCUGCCUCCUACGAUUCUCUCGAGUUCCUAAC